GGAAGCUGAAUGUGAUACCUGGGUGUAUGACACAUCAGUCUUCUCGAAGACUUUCCCAAUGGACUUUCAGUUAGUUUGCAAAGACUCAUCCAAGGUCCGAAGUAUCCAAGUCAUCUUUUUGAGUGCCGUACUCGUAGGAUCCAUUAUUGGAGGAAUUCUAGCUGACUACUGUGGUCGUAAGCCUGUAUUUAUCGUAGCCUGUCUUCUCCAUGGAAGUGCCGGAGUGGCUGCUGCUUUCUCUCCCAAUUUCACUGCCUUUGCCAUCUUUAGGUUUUUGGUUGGAUUGGCCAGUCCGAACAUAUUCGCGUCGGCCAUGGUGCUUGCCUUGGAACUUGUGGGUCCCAGCAGACGAAUGGUGGCAGGUUUAGCUCCCGAAUUUGCUUGGUGUACAGGCUUGGUUCUUCUGACACCUCUUGCUUACCUCAUAAGGGACUGGCGAUAUCUUCAACUGGCUGUAUCUGUCCCUUCCUUCCUGUAUAUUUCUUUAUGGUGGCUCAUACCAGAAUCCCCUCGUUGGUUACUAACACGGGGUCACACAGAGAGGGCAGAGAAAAUCCUACGCUGGGCCGCCAAGGUGAACAAGAAAACCCUUCCUGCUAAUAUAUUUGACGAGAAAACACUCGAGAAAACGGAAUAUGUGAGUCCGCUGGAGAUGCGCAAGACUCCAAGGCUCCUUCUACGAACCUUGACUGGGAUGUUUGUCUUGUAG